AUGGCGCAGAGCGCGCGCGGGUCUGCCGACUUCCGGGCGCGGCCCUUCGCCGUCCGGGAGUCGUGCGAGGCCGAGCGAGCCAGGAUCGAGCGGCUCAGGGUCGACGACCCCAUCGAGCUGCAGGACAUCUUCAACACCUCGACGGCGCUGGUGGACGCUGCCAGAGAGGGCGACGUCGAAGAGCUGCGGCGGGUGGUUGCGGACGCCGAGGAGGGUGAGCUGCUGCGGCCCUUCGUGCUCAAGGCGUUCCUUGAGGUCCUGAAGCGGGCGUCGCUGGAGUUGGUGCGCGACUUCGUCCACGGCGGGCUUCCUGUCGAGGAGCUGGAGGAGCUCUCGCAGUCGCUGCACAUCGUGUGCGAGGUGACCAACCGCGACAACUUCAGCGACGCGUGGCGCAUCGUGCAGUUGCUGUCGCAGGGCCGACUCGACAUCAAUGCGCCGCGCUCCCCCGACGGCUGGACGCCCUUGUGCGUCGCCUGCGCGGACGCCUGCCUGCCUCUGGUCUUCAAGCUCAUCGAGCUCGAGGCCGACCCGAAUGUCAUCACCAGGGCUAACAUGACGCCGCUGGCACUAGCCAGGGAGAGGCGGGACGGCGACGGCGAGGAGCAGCAGGAGGCCCGCGGCAUCAUCUCCAACAUGCUGCGCUCCUACGGGGCACAGGAGAAUUGGAAAGACGCGCUUCACAGGCAGAAGCGGCCGCGCGCGCCGAAGCCGGCGGUCCCCGCCGGCGAGAGCGUGACGGUGGUCGGCGAGGACGGCACGGAGAUCGUCAGCCAGACGGUCUCUGCGACGCACACGCGGUUCGCGGCGUGA